AUGGCCUCGAUGUUCAUUCCAAAUCCUUCACUUUUCUCUAACAUUAUGGGUUCUCCGGUGAGUCAGCUGUCGUGUCGUCCACGUUUAUAUAUUCCUAAUUGGAGGCCAAUUUCGGUGUCUAUUGCCGUGUAUGGUAAUUUGGUGCAACAAAAGGCCAAAACUGGAGUUGUUACAGUCGGUGAUGUUAUGACGAGAAAAGAGAAUUUACAUGUGGUGAGUCCAACAACAACCGUAAAUGAAGUUAUAGAGCUUCUUAUGGAAAAAGAAAUCACUAGUUUUCCGGUGAUCGACAACAAUAAUUGGAAGUUGGUCGGUGUCGUUACAGAUUAUGACUUAUUGGCAUUGGCCACAAUAUCAUGUGAGAGCGGUAUGUUUCCUCAAGUUAACAGCUGUUGGGAAACUUUUAAGGAUGUAAAACAAUUGUUGAGUAAAACCAAUGGCCAAGUAGUGGGGGAUGUGAUGACAUCGACUCCUAUUGUUGUUCGUGAAACCAUGAAGCAUGAGGACGUUGCUGGGUUAUUGCUUGACACAAAGUAUCGCCGGCUUCCGGUCGUAGACGACAGCGGUAAACUGGUUGGAAUCAUCACAAGAGGGAACAUCAUUAGAGCUGCCCUUCAGAAAAAUAUGGCUGCUAGGAGUGCUAGCUAA